AUGAAGGGCCACUGUCAAAUUGAAGUCAUCCUGGCCUCAGCUGGCGGGACGAUUGCCAGCCUCAGUGGGUCGACUGUUGAUGGCGGGAUGGCAGCAGUCGGAGGGGCGACCAGUGGUGGUGGGGCGACCAGCAGUGGUGGCCGGAUGACUGGUGGCAGUGGGGAGACCGGCAGCAGCCGGACGACCAGUGGCAAGGACAAUGACAAUUUUGAUGACACUUUUGGGCCAAGAGUGAGAGACAUCGCUUACUACCUGGGCAAUAAGUAUUUAACUUUUGGAGAGAAUGGUGAUGAAAUUGUGCUGACUGACCCUGUAGAUCAGGAAGAAAAGACCUUCACAGCUACAUUGGGACUUUGUGAGUUGAUUUUCAAGAAGAAUCCAAAUUGUGCAUUAGUUGAAUCCGCUGACAGACAGGCCUAUGGAGAAAUAUUGAACUGGACCAGUGUGCACAGACAGAACAAUGAUCCAAGAGGUGAGAUUGUUAACUACAACAAAGCCAAGUAUAAGAAUACAAUCAAACGCCUUUUGGAUGAUAGCAGAGAUGGUGGUCAAAGACAUUCUGAGAGACAAGUGACUGGGAGAGGAUCUAUUGCUUCAAGGCAUGAUUUUAGUAAGGAGAAAAGUCAGAAGAUCUAUAGAGGAAGAGGUGUUCUGUCAGCUAUCAAGGGAGCUGCUGGUACAAUAGUUAAUAAGGCAAUCGACAUUCUACCAGUUGAACUUCAUAUCCCUGGCUAUCAAUACUGUGGACCAGGAACAAAACUUCAGAAGCGAUUAGCACAAGGUGAUCCAGGGAUCAACAAACUUGAUCAGGCUUGCAAGGAGCAUGAUAUUGCCUAUUCCAAGAGUGGUGAUACAGCAAGCAGAGCAGUAGCAGACAGCAUCUUGGCAGAGAGAGCCUGGGACAGAGUGAGAUCUGAAGAUGCAGGGGUGUUGGAAAAAGCUGCAGCACUAGCAGUCACCAACAUCAUGAAGGCUAAGGCAAAAUUUGGGGGAGGUAUGAAAAGAUCACUGAAGGAAGUCAGCAGGGUGGCUGAGAAUGGGAAGAAACAAAAGAUUCAGCCAUCGAAGAAAAAAUCAGUGAAAGGAGGUCGAGGUCUUUACUUGAGACAUCAGAAACCAAAGGUUGGUACAGGUCUUUACUUGAGACAGCAGAGAUCAAAGGUCAGUAAAGGUCUUUACUUGAGAAAGCAGAGAACAGCAACACCUUAGACACUAGGUAAUAUA